AUUUAAAGGAGGUUGCUUCUUUCAAAUUUCUCCCAUUUAUGCCGAUUGUUGUCUGUUGUUGUUGCUGUUGGCCAGGAAUCUUCAUCACCAUAUGUUUUCUCUGUGUUCACCUGAACUCCUGUCUUCUCUGGAUGCUUUUCUUCCAACUUGUUGCUUUUCACUUGCAUAUCUUCCAGUUUGUGGGAAAUCAGACAUAUAUCAUCGACGAAGUCCAGAUCCUCCAAGUGUUUUGUGUGGGUCCACUAACUACUUAUAAUUUACGUGAAUACAGAAAGUGGUUGAUUAAAGGCCUUCGCGAAGCUGUCCGACGUUUGUCUUCUGAGGUAUCUAAGCUACGUGGUGAAAAAAUGUUUAAUCAAAUGAAAAGUCUUGGAACUUUGCAAAAACCAAUACGUCGUCAAUAUCUCAAAGCUGUUGAUAAUACCGCGAAUAAUGAAUCUAAACCCUCAUCCACUAUAGAAGAAAAAGAAGAAGAAGUAGAAAAAGAACAAAAGCCUAUGAUAUCACAGGUGUUACGUGAUGCUGAUGCAUUUCGAAAAGAAAUGUUUUCUUUUAUAGCUAAUCUUCAAAUAGUUCGAUUGCCUAAGCCAUCGAAACCAAUUGAAGAGCCUCCUUCAUGCGCUGGUGAUGGAUCCACACAACAACAGUCGGCUAAAGCCAUCGUGCCUACGCCUACAAUGCAAUUCAAUAGACAGACAGCACAAUUAGUGAAGUUGAAAAAUGAUUUAGAAAAGCGCUUCCAUUAUAAACUUCUCACUUUCAAUUCAGGUGUCGUUAUUCCAUUAAUUCUUAGUAGUAAGCUGGACAGUGUAUAA